ACUUUCUCCCUCUCUCUCUGUGGCUCCAGUAUAAGAGGACAUUUGUGAUGGAGUCCACAUUACUACACUUUUAUGCAGAGGAGAAGAGCACUUGGAUAGCAAGCUCCAACCUGGCCAUGAAACUUAUCUUGCUCUUCACAGCCUCCCUCACCUGGGCCUUCCAGCAGCAGGCUGAAUUAUCCAAGUACCAGUACCGCGACCCGGUGACCUCUGACCUCCUCCUGUGUGACCAGUGUCCCCCUGGCACAGCCGUGAAGAAACAUUGCACUGCUGACAGGACCACAGAGUGCCAAGCUUGCCCGGAGAGGCAUUUUGCAGACAGUUGGCACUGGGGGGACUCGUGCCAAUACUGCACCUUGGUAGGUACUGCGGUGGUGUGCAAAGAGAGACAGCUGGUGCAGCAGGAGUGCAACAGCACCCACGACCGGGUGUGUGAGUGUGCUGCAGGUUUCCACCUCGUGGUCGAGUUUUGCAUCACACACAGCUCCUGCCCACCCGGCUAUGGAGUGACAGCUUUAGGUACACCAGUGAGUGACACUGUGUGCAAGCAAUGCCCGGCCGGUCAUUUCUCCAGCAGCCGCUCCUCCACAGAACCUUGCCGACCCCACAGAAAUUGCACUGAUUCAGGCCUGAAGACACUGAGAUGGGGAACGUCCGCUUCAGACAGCAUCUGUGGGAGUCAGGACCAAAUUAUGGCCAUCGAUUGUGCCCACCAGCACACUUUGUGCCACACAGAUGUGCUUUUGUGCGAAGAGGCAGUCUUCCAGUCGCUUGCCUCCCUGCAGCUGUCCUCCGUGCCCCUGGAGCGUCUGCUGGAGAGUCUUCCGGGCCGGAGGGUGGAUGGGAAGAGCGUGGAGAGGCUGAAGAAGGCCUGUUCUCCACAGCAGCAAGUCCUCCAGCUGCUGCGGCUGUGGAGGCAGCAGAACAAGGACCAGGACAAGCUGUAUGGCAUCAUAAAAGGUGUGAACCACUGCGAGCGGAAGGUCUCCCGCUGCAACAGCCUGAAAAACCUAACUUUGGGCGACCUCUUGGAGGUCACCAACAGCCUGCCCGGAGUAAAAGUGCCCCGGGAGAAUGUGUCGGCGCUCGUGGCGACUUGUCUCCCCAAACAGUACAUCCUGCAGCUCCUCCACCUUUGGAAGACGGCCAACUUUGAUCUGGAUCUAGUGAAAAGUCUAUCUCAUAGUUUGAGGGUGCUACGCAGCAAAGGGGCACCGCGCUACCUUCUCAAGGGCCUGAAGAAAAUCAGCCGCAUUAUCGGGUCCACCUCCACACGCAAGACAUAUGAGAAGAUGUUUGUUAGCAUGCUCCAAGAUGAGCUAUGUUUUAAAACUCUUAAGCCGUUCAAUGAAUGAGGGCACGAUUUUGAUCGGGGAUGGGCAUUUGACUAAAUUUACUUUAUUCGACUAUGGGGCAAAUUAAAAAGACCACUUAGGUGUUUUUUCAUAAAUGAUGGUCAGCACAUCCGCCGGGUUCUGAGAUUUCAUGGUUCAAGUUGUUCUCACUGUGCUUGCGGUAUUCUCCAAGUGCUCUGGCUUCCUCCCAUUUUCAACUGCAUGUUAGAUUAAGUGAAAACUAAACUGCCCGUAGGUGUGAGUGUGAAUAGCUGUUUGUCUAAAUGUGCCCUGUGACUGACUGGCAAUCAAUCCAGCUCACCUGCGAAACCCGAAUGAGGUCAUGCGUUAUAGAAAAUGAAUGAAAGGAUGGUUGGGAGAAAUCUCACUCUGUAUAUUCGGAAUUUCUGUUUCCAGUGUAUUAUUGAGUAGAAUACCGCUUCUCGAAGGGGCUUGACUUCCCGGAGCUUGCGUCCCAAGACCUCAACAGCGCCUCUGCUGGUGGCAGGCAAAAAAAAAAAAGCUUCAUUUUGCCUCAACAAGACGUCAAAAAUCUUCAGCAGAGACUGCGACCGUCAACAAAUGUUGAUGGCAAAGUAGUUGACAUGAUUUUUAUGCCCAUCCUUAGCUUCAAUUCCCACUAAUUACAUAAGCAGACACAUGCUCACCGAGAUUAGUUAAACUCAGUCCAAACAUUAAGUGCACCUAAACAAUCCCAUGGAUCCAAUACAGGCGCUAUAGAUCUAUUUAUAAUGUAAAAUUAACAUCAGCGAUGUACAUUUUUGUUCGAGGUCUGUAUUAUUGUUAUUAUUAUUAUUAUUAAUGGAUUGAGCAGGUUGUGCAUUCCAACAGUAGGUUUCAUAAUGGCAUCAAAUCUGUAGGAUGCCACUUAAGUAAGCUUUAAGUAUCUACACACAUGAUUUUAAUGCGCUGUUAUUUGUAUUUUUUGUCAUAAUAUAAUGUUAUCAUACCCCUUAUAGAUUGAAUAAUUAAGACACCAAUUAUUUUGCCCACUUAGAGUCUUUUAAGGAAUUCUAAUUAUAUGAUGGUUUAUUUGAGGCCGACCGCACCAUAAUCUUUGGGAAAUAUUUCAUGGGAAUUGUUUGAGUCUGUGAAAAGUAAUUUACAAACUAUUUAACAUGUAAAUAGUAAUAUUUUAUGAAAAGUGGGCAAGCAAAUUUAGUUUUCGUUUUUUUCUUUUCUUUUUUUUCUUUCUCGCUAUUUGAGAGGAAGGAUUUGAUUUCAUAAUGAAAUCUAGGUAAGAACUAUACUGUAUGUCCUUUGUUGCUUUUGUCUGCGACUGCUGGCAAGUGAAGCUUAUAGGAAUUUUAUUUUGUAAUUGUCAGCUUUAUGAAUGUACAACUGUGUUCUAUUUAAACAAAAAAAAGGGAAAUUUAAUUUUCCAUUCUAUGUAAAGGCUUGUUUUUUUAUUGCUUGAAAAGAAAUACUGGAUUUUAAAUGCUGCAAAUUUUUGAAGGGAUAUGUGUUUUAUUAUGUUUUAUUUGUUUUAUUACUUUUAAUAUGAACUUCGUGUGCGUGUGUGUGUGUGUGUGUGUGUGUGUGUGUGUAUAUAUAUGUAUGUAUGUAUAUAUAUAUAUAUAUAUACACACACACAUAUGGCUCAUGUAACUGUAAUGCCAAGUGGAUUGUACAAAAGCAUUGCUUCAUAAAAGGUGGGACUUUU